UGCAAAAUAAAGAGUCAAUCAAAUUAUUUCUUUGAAUAAAGUUGACAUGUGAACAAUGAGUCCUUGCAGAAACAAUAAUGCCGCUAUAAGAACGGUGAGUGGCCUAAAAAUGAGAUUUUUCGCUUGCUUCAGACAGCGAGUUUUGGAAAAUGGGAGGUCAAUGUAAGAUUUCAUCAAUAUAAGAGGACAGCACGUACCCUUUGAUGUAGGAGGACUGCUAUCUUGUCCUAGGAUUAUGAAAGCUCCUUCCCCAUUGAUUCACAGCAAAAGCCACACGGCAGUUCGUUCAUCCUCCGUGUUACCCAAGUUCUUGCACACGGCGCCUCGCAAGACCCCAUCACCACCCACUCCAACUCAACUCAAUGACCUCCUCAACACCGCUUCACACACCAGGAACAUCAGACAUGUCACCCAAAUACACGCCCAGAUCAUCGCCAACAACUGCACCUCCCUCCCUUCCCUCCUCAACAAGCUCCUCAGCUUGUAUGCCAAGUGCGGCCAAGUCGACCAGAGCGUGGCGUUGUUCUCCCGGGCCAGUGAUGGGUCCAAGAAUGUGGUCACCUGGACUUCCCUCAUCACCCAACGAUCCCAUGCCCACAAGCCCUUCAAGGCACUGACCCUGUUUGACCAGAUGAGGAGCACUGGUGUUUACCCUAACCAUUUCACCUUCUCUGCUGUUUUACCUGCCUGUGCAGAGACCACGGUGUCGUCUCACGGCGAACAGAUUCAUUGCUUGGUGAUCAAACAUGGGUUUGAAUGUGACAUCUUUGUGGGAAGUGCUUUGGUCGACAUGUACGCGAAAUGUUCCCGUAUGGAUGCAGCAGAGAAGAUGUUUGACGAAAUGCCUGAGAGAAACCUUGUUACCUGGAAUUCUAUGGUAGUGGGGCUUUUGCAAAACAAGUAUUUUGAUCGGGCCGUUUUAGUUUUCAGGGAAGUUCUUAAGCGAGAUUCUAUUACGCCAGAUGAAGCGACUUUCUCGAGUGCAUUGAGUGCUUGUGGCAAUAAUGGCAGCUCGGAAUUCGGAAGGCAGGUACAUGGUUUGGUUGUUAAGCGGAAUUUGACGAGUUCAGCAUAUGUGAAGAAUUCGCUGCUGGACAUGUACUGUAAAUGCGGGUCGUUAGAUGAUGCUCUUAGGCAAUUCCAGACUAGUGGAGUACGAGAUGUUGUCACAUGGAAUGUGAUGAUGAUGGGGUUUGUCCAUAAUGAUAAGUUUGAAGAGGCUUGCCAUUACUUGUCGUUCAUGAGAAGUGAAGAUGUGAUUCCCGAUGAGGUCUCGUUCUCUACUGCGCUUCAUGCUACUGCUUCUAUCUCAACAUUGAGCCAGGGUACCUCGAUCCAUGGUCAGGUAUUAAAAAGUGGAUUUGUGAACAGCAGCUGCAUCGGAAGUGCUUUGAUUAUGAUGUAUGCAAAAUGUGGCAGUUUAGCUGAUGCUACUCAGGCAUUUGAAGAGAUUGAGGGCCCAACCGUGGUAUGUUGGAGUGCGAUGAUUACUGCAUUCCAGCAACAUGGAUGUGCUGAUGAAGCAAUCAAAUUGUUCGAGGAUAUGCUAGGGGAAGGAACUAAACCUGAUUAUAUUACCCUUGUUAGUCUUCUCUCAGCAUGCAGCCAUGCUGGGCGCAUUGACGAAGGCUACUUGUAUUUCAAUUCGAUGAGUAAGAUUUAUGGUAUAAACCCUGGACAUGAACACUGUGCUUGCAUGGUUGACUUACUUGGUCGUGCUGGCCGGCUAGACGAAGCAAAGAAGUUCAUCGAAUCCAUGCCUAUCAAGGCCGACGCAACAGUGUGGGGAGCUUUACUUGGUGCUUGCUCAAAUCAUGGAAAUCUUGAAAUGGGCAGAGAAGUUGCAGAUAGGCUUUUUGAGUUGCAACCUGAUAAUCCAGGAAACUAUGUGUUGCUUUCAAACUUGUAUUCACGUGAGGGAAGAUUGAAGGAAGCGGAUGAAGUUAGAAAAUUGAUGUAUGGCAAUGGGCUAAAGAAGGAGCCAGGGUGUAGCUGGGUCGAUAUAAAAACCACGACCUUUGUGUUCACGUCACACGACAGGUCGCACGCUGUGACGCGCGAGAUUUAUGAGAUGCUUGGUCAGUUAGAGGAGUUGGUGAAAAAGAAAGGAUACGUUCCUCAAGUCCAGUUUGCAGUCAAUAGCAUUGGACAGUACAAAGAGCGUAACUUAUGGUAUCAUAGUGAGAGAUUGGCUCUUGCUUUCGCACUUCUUACACUCCCAAAUGGAGCUCCUGUUAGGAUAAAGAAGAACUUGAGGACUUGUGGCGAUUGUCACACGGUGAUGAAAUUCGCUUCUCAUAUUUACAAAAGAGAAAUAGUCGUCAGGGAUAUCAAUCGGUUUCAUCGGUUUACUGAUGGUCAAUGUUCUUGUGGGGAUUACUGGUACUCCUGGUUUCGCACUUCUUGUGACAUUAACAAUGGAUCUGGAUUAGUUUCUGGUUUUCUGAGUCAGGAUAAUGUUGAAGUCGGCGAUCUCAUUGUAAAAGACCAAGUUUUCUUUGAGGCCACUCAAAAAGGAAGUCUUGCAUUUAUUGUAGCGAAGUUUGAUGGACUCCUCAGGCUUGGCUUCCAAGAGGUCUCUGUCGCGAAUGUCAUCCCUAUCUGCCCGGGAAUCAAAACAGCGGUCGAGAAAGAAAACGAGAACUCAGGUGAUGACUUCUCUUUGACCUGCUUGCAAGAUUAUGAAGAGGAAGUUAACCAAAACAGGAGAACAAAAGAGAGAGUACUCAAGUAUUUGACACAGUGGGAUGAACUAUCUCAGCAUGACGGAGAAUUUGAUAAAAUUCCUGUUUUUGUCACCGUUCCUCAUUUUCAGCAUGUUUUGGAAACUGGGGAUGGAAUUACUACGAUCUGCAUCAGCAGCUUCGUGGCUUUGGAUGUGCCGCCUCCUAGAGGUCCUCUUUGGAUUCUCGGCGCCAUAUUCAUGGGGGUCUACCACACAGUGUUUGAUUCUGGCAAUCUCCAGCUGGGUUUUGCUGGAGGACGGGUUGACCAGGGCGCGUUGCUGUUCUCGCAGACCAGUGAUGGGUCCAAAGACGUGGUCACCUGGACUUCAUUCAUCACGCAACAAUCCCAUUCCAACCAGCCCUUCAAGGCACUGACCCUGUUUAACCAGAUGAGGAGCACCGGUGUUUGCCCCGACCAUUUCACCUUCUCUGCUGUUUUGCCCGCCUGUGCAGACACCACGGUGUGGUCUCACGGAGAACAGGUUCAUUGCUUGGUGAUCAAACAAGGGUUUGGACGUGAUGUCUUUCGUGGGGAGUGUUUGGUCGACGUGUGCGUGAAAUGUUCCCGUGUCGGAGCAGCGGAGAAGGUGUUUGACGAAAUGCCUGAGAGAAACCUUGUUACCUGGAGUUCUAUGGUUUUGGGGCUUUUGCAAGACAAGUCUUUUUAUCGGGUGGUUUUAGCUUUCAGGGAGGCUCUUAAGCGAGAUUCUAUUGCGCCGGAUGAAGUGAUAGUGUCCAGCACAUUGAGUGCUUGUGCCAAUUAUGGCAGCUUGGAAUUCGGAAGGCAGGUGCAUGGUUUGGUUGUUAAGUGGAACUUGAUGAUUUCAUCGUAAGUGGGGAAUUCGCUGCUGGACAUUUACUGUAAAUGCGGGUUGCCAGACCACAGUCUCAGGCAAUUCCAGACUCGUGCAGUUCGAAAUGUUGUUACGUGGACUGCGAUGAUGAUGGGGUUUGUCCAUAAUGAUAAUUUUGAAGAGGCUUGCCAUUACUUUUCGUUCAUGAGAAGUGAAGGUGUAAGUCCCAUUGAGGUCUCGUACUCUGUUGUGCUUCAUGCUACUGCUUCUCUCUCAGCAUUGAGCCAGGGCACCUCCAUUCAUAAUCAUAUAUUUAAAAGCGGAUGUGUCAACGACAGCUACAUUGGAAGCACUUUAAUCAUGAUGUAUGCGAAAUGUGGCAGUUUAGCUGAUGCUACUCAGGCGUUUGAAGAGAUUAUGGGCCCAACCAUGGUAUGUUGGAGUGCGAUGAUUACUGCAUUCCAGCAAAAUGGAUGUGCUGACCAUGCAAUCAAAUUGUUCGAGGAUAUGCUAGGGGAAGGAGCUAAACCUUAUUAUAUUACCCUUGUUAGUCUUCUCUCGGCUUGCAGCCAAGCUGGGCGCAUUGACGAAGGCUACUUGUAUUUCAAUUCGAUGAGUAAGAUUUAUGGUAUAAACCCUGGACUUGAACACUAUGCUUGCAUGGUUGACUUACUUGGUCGUGCUGGCGAGCUAGACGAAGCAAAGAGGUUCAUAGAAUCGAUGCCUAUCAAAGCCAACGCAACAGUGUGGGGAGCUUUGCUUGGUGCUUGCUCAAAUCACGGAAAUCUUGAAAUGGGUAGAGAAGUUGCGGAUAGGCUUUUUGAGUUGCAACCUGAUAAUCCAGGAAACUAUGUGCUGCUUUCAAACAUGUACUCGCGUGAGGGAAGAUUGAAGGAAACGGAUGAAGUUAGAAGACUGAUGUCUGUCAAUGGGCUAAAAAAUGAUUUUGGGUGUAGCUGGGUCGAUGUAAAAAUCACUGCCUUUGUGUUCACCCCUGGCGAUAGAUCGUAUGCUAUGACGCACGAGAUUUAUGAGACGCUUGGCCGGUUGGAGGAGUUGGUGAAAGAGAAAGGAUACGUUCCUCAAGCCCAGUUCCCAGUCAAUAGCAUCGUAGGUUCCAAAGAGCACAACUUAUGACAUCAUAGCGAGAGAUUAGCUCUCGCUUUCGCGCUUCUUACACUCCCAAAUGGGACUCCUGUCAGAAUAAUGAAGAACCUGAGGACUUGUGGCGACUGUCACCUGGCGAUGAAAUUCGCUUCUGAUAUCUACGAAAGAAAAUUUAUAGUCAGGGUUUUCAAUCGGUUUUGCCGAUGGUUAUUGUUCAUGCGGAGCUUGCUGGUAACUGGACAUUUAACAGCAUGUCGAGACGUUUACUAA